AUGCGGACACAUACUGGGGAGAAGCCCUACUCCUGUCCCUACUGCUCCUAUCGUUGUAGAGAAAAAUGCAGGCUAAACCUUCAUCUCAGAACUCAUACAGGAGAAAAGCCAUUUUUUUGCCCAUAUUGCCCAUACCAAGCUGCAGAUAAUAGAAAUUUAAAAAGGCACAUGGUUUUCAACUCUCAGGAAAAAUCCCCCAAGAGUAGAAAUAUCAUGGAAAGAGAAAUGGAAGUGUUGAAACCAUGGAAAUACAGAAUGAUAAGUUGUACUGUAAGUAACUGGCAGGCGUCCCCUACAGGUGAGUCUGGAUACAAUCGGUCAGAUGUCCAGCAUGGCAAGAAUCUCAGGAGCUCCGACGAAUGCCUCAACAGAUGUAAAAAGAAAUUUAACCUUAAAGUACAUCUUCGAAUACAUACAGGGGAAAAACCAUUUUCUUGUCCACAUUGUCCCUACCAGUCUGGUAAUAGCAGUCAUGUGUGGCUGGGUAAUGACAGGCAAUUGGUUGACGAGAGAGGAGCCGCAUGCCUUGGCAAGAGCAGGAUGAACAGCAGAAAAAUCCCAAAAACAUACCAGUGUUCGCACUGUUCCUACAGUACUACAAAUCGAUCUGAUAUUGUCAAACAUUAUCGAACCCACACAGGUGUCAAACCAUUUGCUUGUCCACAUUGUUCUUACCAGACUGGGGAUAAGUCAAAUUUAAUGCAGCAUAUACGCAUACAUACUGGUGAAAAGCCAUUUUCGUGUCCCUACUGUCCAUACAGAGCCAAUAGGAACAGUAGUAUUAAAAAUCAUUUACGGGUGCACCUAUGA